AUGAGUAACCCCUUUGACAUAGAUCCAGAGCAAGUGAAACUCCCGCACAAGGCAAACACUCCAUCACUAAAGUUUUGCUCAAAAUCUAUCGAAGAAACAGCAUCGGAACUAGCUACUGAUGUAAAGCUAGGGUUGGUUAACAACCAAGAUGUGUUGAAUCGUAGGUCGAUAUACGGGGCAAACGAAUUGAAUAGUGAUGAUGAUGACAGUUUAGUAUGGAAGUUUAUUUCGUCGUUUUAUCAAGAUCCAUUGAUUUUGUUGUUGAUUGGAUCGGCGAUCAUUAGUUUUUGGAUGGGCAAUAGAGAUGACGCCAUAAGUAUAACAUUGGCCAUCACGAUUGUUGUUACUGUAGGUUUUGUCCAGGAAUACAGAUCGGAAAAGUCAUUGGAGGCGUUGAACAAAUUGGUCCCAGCAGAGGCAAAACUCACAAGAAACGGUAAUACGUCACACGUGCUAGCAUCAACCGUCGUUCCAGGAGACUUGGUUCAUUUCUCUCAAGGUGAUAGAAUACCAGCCGAUGUAAGAUUAACAGAGGCUGUUUAUUUGAGUAUUGAUGAGAGUAACUUGACGGGAGAAAAUAGGCCAGUGAAAAAGACCACCGAUGAGGUAACCAUGAGGGACCCACCCGUGAAUGAAAGAACAGAUAUUGCAUUUAUGGGCACAUUAGUGAGAGAUGGACACGGAAGUGGUAUUGUCGUUGGUGUCGGAGCCCAAACCGUAUUCGGUACCGUGUUUGAGAUGAUGAGCGAAAUUGAAAAACCAAAGACUCCAUUGCAACAAGCAAUGGACAAGUUGGGAAAAGACUUGAGUAUUUUCAGCUUCAUUGUAAUUGGUGUUAUUUGCCUCAUUGGAAUCUUUCAAGGUAGAUCGUGGCUCGACAUGUUUCAAAUCUCCGUAUCUUUGGCUGUAGCAGCAAUUCCUGAAGGUCUACCUAUUAUAGUCACAGUCACCUUGGCAUUAGGAGUGUUGAGAAUGGCAAAGCAAAAGGCUAUAGUAAAGAGAUUGCCUAGUGUUGAAACGUUGGGCUCGGUUAAUGUGAUUUGCUCAGACAAGACAGGUACAUUGACCCAAAAUCAUAUGACCGUGACUAAAAUAUGGACAGCUGAUUUCAAAGGUAGCUUUAAUACGCCAUUCCUUGUUGUUGAGAGACUCGAUGACAACGCCUUACACCAUCAAUUGACCGAUAACAUGAGAAAAGUGUUGGAGUGUGGGAAUAUAUGUAACAAUGCGCGAUAUUCCACUGAAAAUGAGAAAUAUGUUGGAAAUGCUAGUGAUAUAGCUUUGGUUGAAUGUUUGCCCCAUUUUGGUCUUGAGGAUAUCCGUGGACAAUGGGAGAGGGUGUAUGAGUUGCCCUUUUCGUCUGCUAAAAAAUACAUGGCUGUGUGUGUGCAUAAAGGAGAUAUGGAUAAACCGGAGACAUUGGCAAAGGGAGCAACGGAAAAGAUCUUGGCUCAUUGUACGAAAUACUAUGACGAGAAUGGUGAAGCCAAGCCAAUCUCGGGUGCGAUAAAAGAGCUCAUUCACGAAAAAUCAAAACUGUUGGCGCAUGAUGGGUUGAGAGUGUUGGCUUUUGCUCAAAAUAACAAAAAGUAUAUUAAUGAAAAGGAUGAACAUAGAGAGCCAGAGGAGUUGGUAUUUUGUGGAUUGAUUGGUAUGAAAGAUCCACCAAGGCCUAAUGUGGGCAAAUCGAUUUCAAUGUUGAUGAAGGGAGGUGUUCACGUCAUUAUGAUUACUGGUGAUUCCCCAUCCACUGCGGUCAACAUUGCCAAACAAAUUGGCAUGCCUAUAACCGGUGACCGUUCAGUAAUGAUUGGUGACCAAAUUGACCAGCUCAAGGAAGGCACGCUAUCUGAAGCUAUUCACGAUGUGUCUGUUUUUGCAAGGACUACUCCCGAACACAAGGUCAAAAUCGUUAAGGCGUUGCAGCGAAGAGGCGAUAUUGUUGCCAUGACAGGAGAUGGUGUUAAUGAUGCCCCUGCUUUGAAGUUGGCUGAUAUAGGUAUUGCUAUGGGAAAAAAUGGAACUGAUGUUGCUAAAGAGGCGGCAGAUAUGGUAUUGACUGAUGAUGACUUCAGCACAAUAUUGAGUGCCAUCGAAGAAGGUAAAGGAAUAUUCAACAAUAUUCAAAAUUUCAUCACCUUCCAAUUGAGUACCAGUAUUGCUGCAUUGACGUUGAUUGCAUUGAGUACUUUUUUCGGAUUACCCAACCCAUUAAAUGCCAUGCAGAUUUUGUGGAUCAAUAUAUUGAUGGAUGGUCCCCCAGCGCAAUCGUUGGGAGUUGAACCAGUUGACCAUGAGGUUAUGAAUAAGCCACCCAGGAAGCGGAAUGAUAAGAUCCUUACGACACAUUUAAUCAAGCGUGUUUUGCAGUCGGCGUCAAUCAUCAUUAUUGGCACCUUGUACAUCUUUGUCAAGGAAAUGAAGGACGAACAGAUUACUGCCAGGGACACAACAAUGACAUUCACCUGUUUUGUUUUGUUUGAUAUGUUUAACGCAUUGUCGUGUCGUCAUUAUUCCAAAUCGGUGUUUGAUAUGGGUUUACAUAAUCAAAUGUUUAAUUUUGCCGUGAUUGGGUCCCUCAUUGGCCAGCUUUGUGCUGUGUAUGUGCCAUUUUUCCAGGGCAUAUUCCAAACUGAAGCAUUGACUUUGGGUGAUAUAUUGCAUUUGUUGAUGUUGACAAGCACGGUGUUUAUAGCUGAUGAAGUAAGGAAAUUUUUCGUUAGACGGAGGACAGUAACUACUAAUAAUUACAAUUACGGUGUAUAA